GUGGUUGAAGUCAAAUAAUUUUGCUUUGAAGGAAGGAUUUCCAAACCGGAAGCGAUACUAUUUAUUUCCUAGUCUACUCACGUGCGGGAGGAGCUCCCCUCCUAGCAUAGCCACCGAUUUAUUUCUCACUUAACGUUAUUUAUUCUAGUCGCCAGGAUGCAGAUAUGCAGCGUGUGCAGUGAACACACACCAAAAUACAAAUGUCCAGCAUGCAAAAUAAGAUAUUGUUCACUUGGCUGUUAUAAGACUCAUAAAGACACGUGCCUGCCUGUUGAGCAGCCUGCACCUAUUGACCCUGAAGCUACGGAUUAUUUUAAUACUGAAACGUGGUCUGUUGAGGAUCUUCUGCACGAAGAGGAUAUUGUUGACAAAGUCCCCCUGCAGAGGCUUAAGCUGUUAGGUCAGUCAAAAGAGCUACGAGAUGUUCUUUGCAACCCCCACCUGAGAGAGUUACUUCGCUCCAUAGACUGUGCAGAUAGCAAAGCGGAUGCUAUGAAGGCUGCCAUGCAGGAGCCUCUGUUUGUGGAAUUUUCCGAUCGAUGUUUGAAAAUUGUUGAAAAUGAAGCCAAAUCCUUAACUUGCAAUGAAGGAGACGUUUUCUAAAAGUUUUUUUUCAAAUCCC